AUUAUUAUUAUUAUUAUUAUUCAUUGAACAGAUCGAUUUUGUCCCCGCGACGGACGGUAGCCGCAAAGCGAGCGUGAAAAACUCGACUUAUGUCGAUCGCAACGUCGCCCGGUCGCCCUCUCUCUCGCUUCUCCUUUUUUUGUCUUCAUUCACGCUGACAUUGCUCGCGCCGCGACGACAGUGACGUACGCGGCACGUAUCGCAUCCCAGGCCGUACCGUUUCGCAAUGGACGAAGCGGUAGGUUUUACGACGGCGGAGGACGAGACGGGCGUAACGAACGCGUCGAAGAAAAAGGAGAGCGGCUACUUCGAGGAGAACUGCGGUGACCUGAGCGACAUCGUCUUCAGCAGUUACAACCAGUACGGGGCCCUCCUCAGCGUCGACACCGCCGGCAUCCUGAUCGUCAACGAGGAGGCCAGGCGCUCGGAUCACUGGGAGAACGGCAGGCAGGGAUCCUCGUUUUCCUCCGGCCUCGUCGAGGACAUAAACGACCUUGACGUCAACGACUCCGACGAGGCUAAAGACGACGCCGCCAACGAGGACGUUGCGGAAGGAGCCAAACACGGGAUCGUUGUCAAGGACCCGGAGACCGCGCAAAGGCUCAUAGUUUACGGUCAGGGAACUCCCGAGGAACUCGCCUAUACCCGCGAGGCGGUCGUCCACACUCGCGAAGCUUCCGAGAGGCUCGUCCAGGCGCGUGACAAGUCCGAGACGCCUGCCUGCAUUCACGACGACUCCUCCAAGACGAUUCUCUACGUUCACGAAGACUCCGAUGCGGUUGUCUACACCCAUGAGGAGAUAAUCGUCUGCACCGAGGAGGAUUCGACGAACGUUGAACGCGCCAUGAGUCCCUCCAUCAUCAUCGAAGAGUGGGAUAACAAGAAAAUAUCGGAUGCAGUAAAUCUAGCGGACAACGGGAGCCAGAAGGUGGACAUGACACACUUCGACCUGUUGAAAGUCCUCGGUACCGGAGCUUACGGCAAGGUUUUCCUGGUGAGAAAGAGAACGGGCGCGGACGCCGGGCGGCUUUACGCCAUGAAGGUGUUGAAGAAGGCCUCCAUCGUGCAGAAGAAAAAGACGACGGAGCACACCAAGUCCGAGCGACAAAUUCUGGAGGCCAUCAGGGACAGUCCGUUCCUAAUAACUCUCUAUUACGCCUUCCAAACUGACGACAAACUCUGUCUGAUUUUAGAAUAUGUCGCCGGCGGCGAAAUGUUUACGCACCUGUAUCAGCAUGAUUGCUUCACGGAGGAUGCAGUACGAUUUUAUAUCGGCGAAAUUAUCUUGGCGCUAGAGCGCCUGCAUGAUCUUGGCGUAAUCUACCGGGAUAUCAAACUUGAGAAUAUACUCUUGGAUAAAGAAGGGCAUCUCGUAUUAACUGAUUUCGGUCUCAGCAAAGAGUUCCUGCCGCACGAACGAAACGGCAACGCGCGUACUUACUCGUUUUGCGGAACUAUCGAGUAUAUGGCACCGGAAGUGGUAAAGGCCGGACCGAACGGCCAUGAUAUCGCUGUCGAUUGGUGGAGUGUGGGCGUGCUAACGUUUGAAUUACUGACUGGUGCGUCACCUUUCACGGUGGAAGGCGAGAAGAACAAUCAACAGGAAAUCUCGCGGAGGAUACUGAAGAACGAUCCGCCACCGAUGCCGAGCCACCUGAGUGUCAACGUGAGCGACUUCAUCACUCGCUUGCUGAUCAAGGAUCCACGACAAAGACUAGGUGGUGGUCCACGCGACGCUAAAGAGCUCAAGGAACAUCCCUUCUUUAUGGAUGCGGCGCCGGCUUUUACUUGGGAAGCUCUGGAGAAGAAGCAGAUCAAGCCGCCUUUGGUCCCCAAAAUCGCACAUGAAUUGGACACCAGCAAUUUUUCCGACGAGUUUACGAAGAUGAACGUUGUAGUCGAUAGUCCAGCGAUCGUUGAUGGUGAUUACCCUGACAAACAUUUCAGAGGUUACUCGUACGUGGCGCCGUCGAUCCUAUUCACCGACAACGUAGUAAGUAGGGAUAUCUUCGGUGGUGAAGAGCGUAUCGGUUCGCAACGGCCUUUGUUAUCCGAUCUGCUCAACACGUGUUUCGAGGAGUCCACAUUCUUCCAAACGUACGAGUUAGACCAAGCGGGACCAGCUCUCGGCGACGGCAGCUUCUCGAUUUGCCGGCGAUGUCGUAAUCGCAAGACUCAACAGGAAUAUGCCGUGAAAAUUGUCAGUAGGCGAGUGGAUUGCAACCGGGAGGAAACUCUGUUGCGCGCAUGCCAGCGUCACGCAAACGUGGUGAAAUUAAUAGACGUUCAUCACGACCGACUUCACACGUAUAUCGUGAUGGAACUGCUCUCCGGCGGGGAAUUGUUGCAGCGUCCGCGACCAUUCCAGGAGCGGCAGGCGAAGCGAGUGAUGCGACAAUUGGCGUCUGCGGUGCGAUAUAUGCACUCGCGUGGCGUAGUACAUCGUGAUCUCAAACCGGAGAACGUCGUGUAUGUGCACCAAGGUGAGGACUCGGCGGUGAAAAUAGUUGACUUUGGAUUCGCCCGGAUGAAGAACAGCUGCGAACCAUUGCAUACGCCCUGCUUCACGCUUCCGUACGCCGCCCCGGAGGUCGUGGCCAAUCAGGAAUACGACGAGAGCUGCGACAUGUGGUCCUUGGGGACCAUAUUGUAUUUCAUGUUGUCCGAUAAUCCGCCUUUCCGCACGGACACGCCAAAUGUGGCGAUGCGCAUCAAAACCGGCGAGAUCAAUUUCGACGGCGAAGCUUGGAGUCACGUGUCCGCCGGUGCUAAGCAAGUGAUGAAAGGUCUGCUGAUGAUCGAUCCCCACAACAGACUUACGGCGGCUUCCUUGGUGUACCAUCCAUGGCUGACGAUGCAAGAUACAACGAUCUUACCAGUAACGCCCAUCACUGACACGAUUCACGCAGACAACGCGACAGCCACCAGUUCAACAUCAGCGCAUGAACGCGAGGGUUUCCGAUUGCGCGCGGUCGACGCCGCAAAAUUGGCUCAGCGUCGCAAGCACAAACGUUCCAAUUCCAGUUCCUCGACGUCGAGACCGUCCUCUUCUUCUUCCUCGAGUCCGUCGUCAGUUCAAUUGCUGCGUGUACCAAGUGCCACGGCAAGCGCCGCGAACACUUCCACCUCGUCACCAAGCGUCUUCGACUUCAACGAUGAAGUUGUUAACGAGUACCUGAGUUCCCUGUCUUCUUCUUCCGAUUCAAAUUCGUCGAUAAGACUCUCGCUUUUGCAGGGAGCGGAACGUACCGCGAAGAAGAGAGUCAAACGUAACGCCGAUCAUGAAUCAUCGUGUCAACAGGUGAGCCCGACAAAGAAGCAUCAUCGACAUCGACGUGAUGUCGAUAGCGAAACCAGUGGCAGCAGUAGUAGCGGGCCGAUGACGCGAUCGCGAAAACGUAAACUUGAACAAAUAAUAAAUUCGGACAGAGAUACAGGUUCUGACAAUUCCGCGGAAUCGUACGAGUCGUCCUCGCAGACCGCGCACCACGAAGGGGACGUUCAUAGAAGGCAUAAAGCUGGCAAGCGGCCCAAACGUCUUGCCACAAUUAUAGUCGAGUAGAGUUUUUCCUACUUACGCUUGAUCCAGUAACGCUCCAAUAAAUUCACACCUUGUUUCCUAUGCAUUUUAUACGGUAUUUAACACCGUUGCCUUCUGCGUUCGUACGGAACACGAACGUCGCAUCAUUCCUAUCUCACCACAGUUCUAAGAUAUCGUAUAUAGAUAUAUAUAAAAAUAGCUAUAACAUAAUUGCCAUCCUAUCUUCUCUUAAAUCUUGGUCCAUUUUCUAUCUGAAUGAUCUGUGCAACUGAAAAGUGCACUCUUAUGAUAAUGAUAAUUUAAAUGUACCGGAUAGAUACGAGAAGCGGACGUGUAUAAAAGAAUAUAAUAUCACUGUGGUCAGGGUCUCAACAAAGUAUCAAUGCGAGGAUUUACGCGAUAUACAGAAUUUAUUACGCAGUGUACAGAAUUUUAUUUUUAUUAUACCGCUAUCGGAAACGUAAGUAGGCGGAUGCGAAUAAGAUGGUGAAUCGUUUUGUUGCGUUAAACUGGGAUUGUCUGUGAUUUAUAGAGCGAGGACGACCAGCAUUGUAAGUUGUUGUAACUUAUUACAUGCUUCCGUUAAAAUUUUCUUCCAACGUCACUUCCGCGAUCGAUAAUCAUAGGGAUGACGAUAGCGAUUAACUAGCCAAUAAGAAGAAAAUUUUAGCGAUUGCUUAUGACAAGUGUAUAUGUGGUGAAUGUGCCUCAAAAACUCAUGUCACUAUGAGUACAUUAAAGAUAUUAAUGUAGCAGAAAUGACGCGCGAUUAUGCGAAAAUAACAGAAGCAAAAGAAGGAAACUGUUAUUACCAGUGGUACCUCAAUAACGAAGAAAAGGAUAAAACAUAUUUAAAAAAUACAGUUUGUUAAGAAAGAAAAUUAUACAAAUUAAGUAAUCUUUUAUGAAUAAUGUUAUCGAGAAUAAUGAUACAUAUUUAUACGAUUUAAAACAAUUCCGUUCAUAUAAUUAUAUGUUAAAAGUUAUUCUAUUAAUUUUUACAGAUGACUUUGAAAAAGAAAUGAUGUUUAUUGACUAGAUAAUAAGUAAGAUCGAGGAAAAAAUUUCUAUUCAGUAUUUAACAUUUUUCGUAGGAACAUUUCUUCACACCUUGAUGUAUUUGUGUGGUAUACUUAACGUAUUUUACAAUUUUGAGAAUAAUGGAAAAAUGAAUGAGUUGCGAUGAAACAUUCGGAGCGCGAUGAAGAAAUGAAUUAGAUUUAAUUAAGUCAGAUCAUUAUAACAUUGUAAUCAUUAUAACAUUGUGAUCUAGUUAUCACCAAUUCAUGGUCGAUGCAAUUCCUCAUAAUU